AUGAACGCUUCCCAGAAGCUGUUAUUCAACUAUUAUUUCUCCUGGCUCUUGGUGACCACCAAAGAUACUGACUCUACCAUAGAUGCAAUUCUACGGGACUUGAAUAUCGGUAUCGACAGUGACAUAGUCGUCACCACCUUGCCAUUGCCGAAUGACGCAACGGCUUGGAAAUAUGCACAGAAGUACUGGGACAAGACGUGUUCGUCGUUUCGACGUUACGGUAAUCGCUUCGAGUUCAAAGGCCCACCAGAACGACGCAACGUCGAAAAUGCUACGAGCAAUCUGAACUACGUGAUCUUGGAGAAUUGCACGGUAUCCUUCUACAUGGUGCACACCUACAAGAUACGCAACUCCGACAACACAAGUCUUGUCACACGGUACCUCGGCUUUUGGAACCCGGGAGCUCACAUCCUCAAGCUGCCGGUCAGCGUAAAGCUGAGAGAUGAUUUCAACGGCCUCCCAAUCGUCUUCGACGUGCUAAACGGCACCAACGAUGGACAAAUGGACGUUAUAGAGGCAGAGGUUAUCGAUAUCGCGCCGCUUUUGGACUUGGCCAUUUACGUCACUAGUUAUGUAAACGCUAGAACAUUAAGUAUAGAAUCUCGAUUGUUUGUAGCAUCGAGCUGGUAUGAAAAGCUCGGUAUAUUAACCAACAAGGUAUGGAACCACCUCCUCGGCGACGUCGUCUCGGACAUCAUCGACAUCGGUUUGGGAUACAUCAUCAUCAAUGAGGAACGUUUGGGCGAGAUGGUGUUCAGUUACCCUCUAAUACGUUACAUGAGGAAUAUUUAUUACUAUCCGUUGGAGUCCGGCACGAUGAGGGAUAUAUUUCUGCAGCCAUUCAAUAACCGGCUGCUCGGCUGCGUCGCGGCAACGUACCUCAUAUUGUUAAUCGCGAUGACGACGGUGAUUUACGCCGCCAAGACGGUGCUACAUAAUGAGGACGAGAAGCACGUCGGCAUCGGCGAGGCCAUGCUUUGGUGCAUCAAUAUUAUGUGCAUGCAAGGAUCACCGUGGAUACCACGAACCCCGUCCGGCAAGACCCUGAUAAUGUUCAGUCUGAUGUUCGCACUCGUCAAGUAUAACGCCUACGUCGGAUUCAUCACGUCCAUAUUGUCGGUGCAGGCCAGCGGGUUCAAGUCGAUCACCGAUCUGCUCUUUAAUAAUUUCAGGUUCGGCUACAGCGUCGCCGACGACGAAUACAUAAGAAUACGCGUAUUGAGACGUUUUUUGGCGUUUAUUAUUGUAUUAUGACGAUUCGUAAAAGUCAUCGUCACAAACAAUAAAUUGUUUACGCCGAACAUCCGCGAAACAAGCGCCGAACAUCCGCGAGGUCAGCAAACAGCUUCGCUGUUUCUUAAAAUUUGUAUAAAAGCCGACGCAAAAUCGAGAUCGAGGGAGAUCCGUCGGAGAGCUCCUCUGAGACUCUCAACCGAACAGAACUCGUAGCGAACCUUACCGCUUCCUAGACACUCCGUCGACCGAGGUGGAUACGCGAUGUCGACAUCCUCUACCUAACCCGUUUCGUCGACCGAGGUGGAUACACAACGUCGACAUCCUCUACCCAGACC